GUCUCACUGCCACCUUGCGCCACCAGUGCUCCUGGCGCCAGGGACAGCAGCACAGCCAGCAGUGGUGGCAGCGAGAGUGGAAGGAGCACAGCAGAGGGGGUGUUGAGGGAGAGAGACACUGUCGUCACUCUGCUGCUUCCCAAUGCAUCGUGGAGCCCUGCUUCUUCGUCCCUGUCAAACGAAGAGGUCUGCACUGCGCGGCGGCUGGAGGCGGCCUGCCUGGGCGGGGUGCGGCCGUCAGCAGGCGUGGCGGCCAUCAUGCGCGCCCACCCCGCCUCCGCCCUCUCCGCCCUCCUCCGUUCUACUGCCGUUUAUCUCGAGGCCAAUGAGGAGCUGCCACCUGGCAGCUGUCCAGGCUGUCCGGAUUACCCCCUUCUGAACUGCACGCUGCGCACGCUGGCUUGGCAGUAUCUGGGGGAGGUGGCACCUGAAAGAGAAGCAGGGGCAGCAGCAACAGCAGGAGGGGCAGGAGUAGGCGCAGCAGCAACAGCCGGAACAGCAGGAGGAGCAGCAGGAGAAGGGAGAGGAGGUGAAGGAGGAGGCAGAGGAGCCGGAGGGGGGCUGCAAGAAGGGCACACAGCGGAGGGGAGGCGGGUGGAUUUCACAAUGGGUGCGUUCUGGGCGGCAGAUGCAGCUGCUGUGGCACGCACCUUCCACCCCCUCCGCGCCCCCCUGCUGCUCGACGUCACUCUUACCCGCCUAAACGCCUGCCCCUCCCCUGCUGGUGGCGCUGGGGGGAUAUGGGGGGAGGAGAGGGGGCGGGGGAAGGAUGGGGAGGAGGAUGGGGACGGGGGUGGGGAGGGGGAGGGGGAGGAGGGGGAACGGGGGGGUGGAGAUGGGAAGGGUGAGAUGGGCAGAGCAGGAGACGGAGAAGGGGAGGAAGGAGGGGAGGGCGAGGGAGAGGUGGUGAAACGGAGUAAGAAGCAGCAGGGAAGGAGGAGGUUGUUAUUAGAAGAGAAGAGGGAGAAGAGCAGCGGGGAGGGAUCGAAGGACAAAGGUGGGGAGGGCAUGGCGUCUGGCCUCUCAGGCAAGAGCAGUCGCAAGAAGGCUGAUUCAGCUGGCAACAGCAGCAGCAGCGUUGAGUUCAACGCGACGCUGUGCGCGCAGCUGCAGGUGGCGGAGGCGUGGGUGGUGUCGGCAGCAGCGGCGCUCAUCCACACCCGCGCGUCUCUCGAGGCCCGCUUCCUCCGCGCCCAGGCCACCGCCCGCACCGCCCGGGAGAUCCUGGGGUUGGAAGGGGGAAGGACGUUGGGGGAGAGGGGGAGUGGAGGAGCAGGGGGAGCGGAUGGGGGAGUGGAAGGGGAGGGAGCAGAGGGGGCAGAGGCAGCAAUAGGUGGUGCAGAUGCUGCGGGUGCUGCAGAGAAGGGGUCGUUCUCAGUGCGGCGAGUGCCAUUCGCUGUGGCGCCGACUGUCUGUGAGGCUCCCAAGGCUGAGUCGUUCGGGAAGCAGCGGUUCCUGCGGCAAUUCAUCGUGGACGAAAACCUAAAGGCGAUCUACUGCUUCGUCCCCAAGGUGGCCUGCACGGGGUGGAAAACGUGGUUUCGAGAGCAACAAGGGCAGAACAACGUGUCAGACGUGUUUCUGACCCAUGACAAGGCGCGCUCAGGCCUGCGCAUCCUCGCAUACCACUUCCCAGAGCACCGGGUUAUUGAGCUGCUGACUCGGCCGGAUUUUUUUAAGUUUUCAUUUGUGCGGAACCCGUAUACGCGGCUGGCGUCCGUGUAUCUGAACAAGCACGUUGGUGGGGGGCCUCCUUACUCGAGACAGUUCUGGAACAAGAUGUUUUUCCGCAAGUUCAUUCCCUUCCGGCGGCUGGUCAAGGCGAAAAAGGGAGACGAACUGUUCACCUUUGGAGAGUUUGCGUGGCUGCUGAGGCAGAUGCGGGAGCAGCGCCGGGGACGCAUGGAAUCCCACGUGCAGCCGCAGAUCGACGCCUGCCAGUUUGACAAGAUCCGAUUUGAUUUCGUGGGGCGGUUUGAGAAUCUGGCGGAGGAUGUGGGGUUGGUGCUGCAGAGAUUGAACCGCACUGUGGGCGAGUCGGGCGCGUUUAAGAUCUCAAAAGAUGCUCAUCCGACUAAUGCUGGGAGCAAGCUGCUGGAGUUAUAUGAUGAGUCGGGAGCGUUUGAGAUCUCCAAGGAUGCUCAUGCGACGAAUGUUGGGAGCAAGCUUCUCGAGUUAUAUGAUGAGAUCUCCAAGGAUGCGCAUCCGACCAAUGCCAGGAGCAAGCUGCUGGAGCUGUAUGAUGAGAUCUCCGAGGAUGCGCGUCUGACCAAUGCUGGGAGCAAGCUGCUAGAGCUAUAUGAUGAGUUCUCCGAGGAUGCGCAUCCGACCAAUGCGGCGAGCGAGCUGCUGGAGCUAUAUGAUGAGCCGUGGUACGUGCAGGAUGUUCCAUGCCCUUCGAGGCAUGCAGCAGUCAUAUACGAGAAGCAGUUGCAUCGUAUUGGGAAUGCGUAA